AAUUCACUAUAUAUUGCUGUACAGGUGUGGGAGUUGGGUUUAUAUCUGCAUUGCUCUUCAAGUAUGCUGGUUUGGAAAUUGACAACCUUCAAAACUUGGAAUGUUGCCUUUUCGUUCUCUUUCCAUAUUUCUCGUACAUGCUUGCUGAAGGUCUCGGCCUCUCCGGUAUUGUGUCUAUACUGUUUACUGGAAUAGUCAUGAAACAUUAUAGCUACUCGAAUUUGUUUGAAAACUCUCAGCGGUUUGUUUCUGCAUUUUCGCUAGCUGAAACAUUUGUAUUCAUAUAUAUGGGGUUUGAUAUUGCAAUAGAACAACAUAGCUGGUCUCAUGUUGGAUUCAUUUAUUUCUCGAUUAUAAUUAUUAUAGUUGCAAGGGCAGCAAAUGUAUUUUCUUGUGCAUAUUUGCUUAAUUUGGUUCAACCUGCGCAUCGUCAAACACCUCUAAAGCAUCAGAAAGCUCUUUGGUACAGUGGACUUCGAGGGGCUUUGGCUUUUGCCCUUGCUUUGCAAUCAAUUCAUGAUCUUCCAGAAGGACAUGGCCAGACUAUAUUCACUGCAACCACAACCAUCGUUGUAUUGACGGUAGGCCGCUGA